AUGUCGAUGUUCACUUCCAAAAAGUUCGACGCAUACAUCCACGUCCGCCCAGCCCUCGAGCAUGUCCGGCCCCUACUCUCGCCCACUACUUACAAGCAAACAGAGUCGAGGGAUACGAAGGAUAUGUUCUUGAAGGCGCAUCCUCAUAUGGCAAAGUUCUCACAAAUUUAUUUUGAUAUGCACGUACUACUCAAGAUUGAACACAUGAAACUCCUCCGGGACUCAAUCGAAGAAGAAUCAGCCUUCGACCUCCGUAGAACGAUGCGGAAUUGGUACAUGAACAUGGCACCUUGCGAUAGGCCCAAAGAGUGUGAACCGUGGUUGCCUGAUUUUCUUGGGGAUAAGAAGUUCUUUGGCGAGGACGAGACUGUCUCAACGGGAUUCUACUUCCCCGGCACCCCGCAUCGAGCUCUCGAUCUUUAUCGAACUCAGCUCAGAUCUCCCAAUUUUACGCAAAAGCGGAGUGCGCCAGAUACCACGAUCCGGCCCGCGCCUACGAAGAGGAUGAAACCAAUCCCAAGAAUUUGGAUUAGUUCUUCGGCUGCUGUGAAGGAUAACGCUGAGGCUGCCCCAAACGCAUCCACACCGUCCCAAAAGCUCAAGCCAAGGGGGAAACCACUCGUUCUUGAAGCCCCGAGUCGUAAGGUGGAUGAUCUUCAGUACGUCAAGUAUGCGCCGGAGCUGUAG